UUGGCGACAGUCGCAUUCCAAACGAUGUUGUGUUGAUGUUGAUCAAAGCAAACGGCAUGAUUUUUGUUGUGUGGGUGUCGCGAGUAGUGGGAAACUAAUGUUUAUAUUUAUAAUGAACCCAUAUUUUAAUUAUGUCAGUGCUCAAUGUGUUUUAGUCUAGCGCGCUUUUCGUUUGCGAUAUGUUGAACAUCCACAAGUUAUGGCUAUUUUCCUCGCUAUGUGUGAUUGUUAUUGUGGUUUUAUAUUUCCAAUCCGAAGUAACUCGUAUCGAGGACAAUUAUCGCAGGCUAGAAUAUAAAUUAGUUCAAGCGCAUUCGGAAUCUCGUCAGUUUUUCCCGAAGGUGAUCGAAAAUGAUGACGACGACUUGGUGGUUAUAUACAAUAGGGUCCCCAAGACUGGAUCCACUAGUUUCGUGGGUGUAGCGUAUGAUUUGUGCAAGAAGAAUCAUUUUAAAGUACUACAUAUCAACAUAACGGCGAACAUGCACGUCAUGUCGCUCAGUAAUCAAUAUAAAUUUGCUCAAAAUGUAACCAAGUGGCGGGAAAUUAAACCUGCUUUAUAUCAUGGGCAUAUGGCAUUUCUUAAUUUUGAUAGGCUAGGGACAAGCUCAAAACCUAUAUUUAUAAACCUAAUAAGGAAGCCGCUGGACCGGCUUGUCUCUUAUUACUAUUUCUUACGACAUGGAGACAAUUUUAGACCACAUCUCGUGAGGAAGAAACAUGGGGAUAAAAUGACAUUUGACGAGUGUGUAGAGAAGGGCCAGCCGGACUGUGACCCCAGCAACAUGUGGCUGCAGGUGCCUUUCUUUUGUGGACAUGCUGCUGAAUGCUGGAUACCAGGUAACAAAUGGGCGCUAGACCAAGCGAAACACAAUCUCAUCAACCACUACUUACUAGUAGGUGUCACGGAAGAAAUGCUGGAUUUCAUUUCUGUUCUCGAAGCGGUUUUGCCGCGCUUUUUCAAAGGCGCUACAGAACACUAUUUAAGCAGUAACAAAUCACAUUUACGACAGACCAGUUCGAAAAUCGAACCGACGCAAGAGACCUUAGACAAAAUACGAAAAUCUGACAUUUGGAAAAUGGAAAACGAGUUGUACGAAUUCGCGUACGAACAUUUCAAGUUUGUGAAGCGGAAAGUGCUUUUCAAGGAAAUGAACAGUGUACCACAGAUAUAUUUUUAUGAGAAGGUGCGGCCAAAAUGAUGCGAGUCUGUGUUGUCUAUGGUUGAUCUUUGUCUACACCUUGAUAAUAGUAAUUUUAUUUAUGACAUAUAUUAGUAGUUUCACUAAUUCUUUUUGAAUGCAUAUGCAUUUUUUCUUAUAUUUGCGACCAUUAUAUGAUAACCGUUUGUUAUCAAUUGACGACAAAAAAAAUUAUAAAUACCUUUUACAAAGAAAAUUUAACAGAGGUUUGAUUGUAUUAAAAAUGUGUAUUACGAUAAGUGAUAUCCUCUAAAAUUGUUGAUAACGCAAUCCUUAUCUGUUUAAUGUCUUUAUCUCAAUAGCAGGCUUAUACUUUACCAAAUUUAUUACAUUACGUUCUUGAAUGUAGAUUCUGAUGGUGUAAUUUAAUAUGUGAAUCUUUUUUUACAUUUUUAAUAUACUUAAAACAAUGUUACCAACAAUCUGAUGACAAGAUGGCGCCUGAUGACUUGUGUUUGGCGCCAUUUUAUGAAAUGAAAUAUCCAAUGUCGUUCAAUAAUUUAUUAUAUUUUUUCUAUACUUUUCUGUGUAUAAUAUUAUACGUCCUUUUUAUUUAUAAUAAUUAGUUGUAUUUUAUACACUAGUCUCUAUCAUAUUUGAUAGGAAAUAUCAUUCCAUUAGUUUGUAUUCGUAUUUAUAAGUAGCGAAAUUGAAUUAUUUUAGUAUUAAGAGUUAUUUAAAUUGUUAAUAUACAAUUAUAUUAUGUGCACAAUUAUAAAUAAUAAAUCCCUUACAAGAGCAUUAAAGUGAAUUUUUCAAAUUAAUAAUGCAAAUAAACUGUUUUACAAAUUACAUAAAGAGAUGAGACGGCCUAAUUAAUUUUUCUUGGACAUAUGCAUAGUUUGAAAUAAAAAUUGAUUUUAGGAAAAUGUAAUUUUUUUUCAUAACCAUUAACUAUGUUACUUUUGAUAUUAUUCUUUAUAAAAAAAUAUUAAUAUUUAAAGCAAGUCUUUAAUGGACAUACACACAUCUUGAAAAAUUCACUUUAUAUAGAAUAUUCCUUGGUAGCAACAAACAACCAAACUCCACUUUACUUAGAAAUGAAUUUAUUUGUUGAUAUACAUAUAUAAUAAUUUCUGCAAAUUAAAAUGAAAUUAUAUAAAUAAAAAAAUUCUUAAUUCUCCAUAGAAUAGAAAAGACUCGAAACAGAUGUUUCUGCCCCAUACACCAGAAGGAAAUAUGGGCCAAUGAAAACUAACCUUGUUAUUAUUAUUACAUUUUGUAGUGUUCUAGUUUGUAUAUAUUAUACAGUUUAAAGACCUGUUCGUACUUAAAUUAUUAAAAAUAAAUUAAUUGUUAGAUUAAAUUAGUUAAUUGCACUCUGUAAUUGUUAUUUUUUAACUUAUGAUAUUAUUAAUAUGAUUUUGAACAUUUUUUUUGCAUAAAAAAUAAAAUUAUAAUAAUGAAAUAAAUGCUAAUACUUAAUAUUUUUUAAUAAUUGCGCAUCAAAUAAUACAAUGUAUUUUAACAAGAGAAUAAUGCAAACAUUGCUGAAUAAGCACUACAUACAAUAAUGUAAUGGUGCAUUUACACAUUCGUGCGAAUAGCGAGGCGAAUAACGAACACGCAUAGUGUAAACAGUGAACUUGCUAUUUGCCUUUAAAAUCGCGUUCGGAGCGGUUUUUCGGAUGAGCGUCUGCUUACUGUACUACUAACGAAUGUGUGAACAGUGGUGUAAGAAUGUUUGUUUGAUAAAGAAGGCGAAUUCCGAACGCGAAUGUCAAAAUGCACCAUAAUUGAACGGAAAAAAUAAUUUUUUAUGUUUACAUUACACUACCCUCUAUAUUGUAAAAUUAUUUCGUUUUACGUACAGAUGAUUUUUGACAGCGUAGAACUUAUAUUUUUUCAUGCAAAGUGCAUAUUCUGCUCUUAUAUUUAUUAACAACAAGAUAUAUUUGUAGGCUAUUGGGCGUUCUACUUGUAUCGAGUGCGAUAAUAGCAGAUAUGAGUAAAGUACCUAUACCUUACCUAUAUUUGCACUAUUGUGACAGCAUUGCGCUCGCGUCUCAUGUACUCAGAGAAUAUUUGUAUUCUUCCAAACCAAACAAUGUUCAUAAAAUUUAAAUAAUCACGUUGAUAAAAAGUAAAUUUUAAAUCUAAUUUUAAAUGUCUAUUUCUCGAAAACUCUGUGUUCAAUCUUUAUAGAGAUGUUCUUUCUCGAUUCACAUAUGAGAUCGUUAGUCUUCCAUACGUUUCCACGUUUAUUCUGUGUAUGUUGUUUAAAAUGGACCCGUUAUGGUAAAAUACGUAAUUUAAAAGAACGUGAACUACUUGGCAGUAUUUGUUAUUAAAAUCAUUUGGUCGAUAAUUCGCGAUGUUUUUAAAGUGAGGGUAGAUCAAAAUUUUAAUGAAAUAAGAUCUCGUAAGUGGAUCGAAUGAAUUUUAAUCGUGUUUAAUCCCGUUGAUUUUAUUUUUAUAAUAUUGAAAAUAUGUAAGUAUAUUGUUUAAUUUUUUAACAUAUAAAAUUAUUUAGUUCACUAAUAAAGACAUUGUUGAUAACUGUUAGAUGUAAUAAUGUUAUUGUUCUUAUUAUUUGAUAAUAUUAGCCGAAAUCUGCUCGCACUAGUUGUUAGCGCAAAUUUAUUAUAUUAAUAAAAUGACAGCUCUAUCUA